GCGAACAUGGAGGUUUAGUUAUCGCCUGGCGUCCAUCAGUGAGCGCGUGCCUCAGUAUAUCUGUUUUCUUUAAGUUUUUCUUAGUUUGUUUUUUUGUGUUGAACAUGGAGAUGAAGAAGAGGAUCAGCCUCGAGCUCAGUAACAGGAAGCCCGCGGAGGUGGUGGAGCUGGUGGUGGAUAACUGUCGCUCCAGUGACGGGGAGGUUGAAGGUCUGACAGAGGAGUUCUCAGAGCUGGAGAUUCUCAGCAUGGUGGACAUCGGACUGACCUCACUGUCCAAACUGCCCUCACUGCCCAAACUACGCAAGCUGGAGGUCAGUGAUAACACCAUCUCAGGAGGUUUGGACACGCUGGCAGAGAAAUGUCCCAACCUGACGUACCUGAACCUGAGCGGGAACAAGAUCAAAGAGCUGAGCGCCAUCGAGGUUCUGCAGAACCUGAAGAACCUGACCAGUCUGGACCUGUACAGCUGUGAGGUCUCAGCGCUGGAGGAGUACAGAGACGGUGUGUUUGAGCUGCUGCCUCAGCUCACCUUCCUGGAUGGAUACGACCAGGAGGACAACGAGGUGCCCGACUCUGAGGCUGACAACGAUGAUGAAGAUGAAGCUGGUCCACCAGGAGUUGACGAUGAUGAUGAUGAAGAUGAUGAUGAGGAUGAAGGCUCUGAGGGAGAGGAGGAGGAGGUGGGCCUGUCGUACCUGAUGAAGGACGGCAUCCAGUGUGUGUGUGUGUGUGUGUGUGUGUGUGUGUGUGUGUGUGUGUGCGUGUGUGUGUGUGUGUGUG